UUCACAAGCGUCUCGGGCGCCAUGUUGAAUUUUUGAUGUUGUGCACUCAAAAAUCGAUUCUGAAGUGUCUCUGCGGCAAGCGAAUGUUGAAGUUUUGACAAUUUGACUUCUGUCGUUUGGAGCGUAUUGACGCGGCAUCACGCGUCAGCGAUCUUCUCGAAGGUUAGCGGUCCUGAGGAACCGCAUCGGAACAUCCAGUUACCGUCCGCGGUAUUUGCUCGGGAAGUGGUCGGCGGCAUCUUGCGGAUCCUUGCCGACAGUCGCUCGGCAGGCGCGCACACACACGGCGGCUCGUGUGUAAUCCGUUUAUCAGCAAGUGACCCAGUGCAAAUAAUUCGACGUCCUAUUCCAAGCUCAUUCGUUACUGAGUGAAUAGAUUUUUAUGUAAAUAAGGAGCAAAAAUUGAAAUGAUGAAUGAAACAUUUCAAAUAGCAUCCUAAAGUUCGCGUUGUUUUCCUACUCUCGACCUUACUCUACCGGUGAAGACGAUCUCUUACUAUCGACUUCAACUACCUACACAAAACAUCCCCGUCGGAUCGCCGAACGUUGUUGGCCGCACUUUUCAUCUUCAUCCUCUCAUCGAUGCCGCUAGAAGUCGCUGUAUCAAUCCAGUCGUACGGUUACGGAUCAAAACCAGUGGAAGCCGGAGUAUCCAGACGGCGUCGACGUCGGCGAGUGCAACACCAGCAGAUAUACUGGACUGAACUUACGGUAGCAGCAACAUCCUUGGCUCAUCUUUCCUCAUCUGCUAUUAAUUAGUUGCCAGCAGAAAAAGCGACCCAAGCGCGCGAAAAGAAACACAAGGAUAUUUCGUCAACAGACCCCCAUUACACCAAGUUGCAAACAUGCAGAAGAAAAUAAUACAACAGCAACUACCGCAAGGCCGGAAGAUAUUCACGACCACGACGGCCCAGCAACAGCAACAACAGUCCACCAUGCAGUUAAACGCGGUGAAAAAAAUCAACAGCCUUCUGCAGAGUGGGACCGUCAGCGUAACCGGCAUCAUGCACGGCCAGCAGCGCGUCGUGCAGAAGAAGCCAGUGCUGGCCCAGCCGACCAGUGUAUCGAUCACCACCACCAGCACGAACAGCUUCGCACGGCAGCAAAAGUGCUACAUUUGUGGCGAUAAUCCGGGUGCCAACCCGACGAUCAUGUCGGAAGCGUCCACCUCGACCACGCAGACGGAGUACGUGGCAAAGCUGGCGAAGGUGAUCGGCCCGAGCUACUCGGUCGUGCUGUCGACGGAGGACGUUAUCUGCCGACGCUGCAUCAUGAUACUGAACCAGCUCGACAAGCUCGAAUCGGAGAUGGAUACUUUGCGUAGUACGCUACUCGGAUUCAUCCACAAAAAGAACAACAUCCCGGAGGAUGCGGAGCAGGUCGGUGGAUCACCGCCAGCAAAGAUGCAGAAACUCUCGCACGUCAGCACGGCUGGCAGUGGCAGUACGACCGGUGGCGUAACGUAUAGCAUAAAAACGGUCGGUCAACAGCAGCAAUCGAUCGAAGUAGCCCUGAAUGCGUCCGAGGGAGAGUCUGGAUCGGAGUUAAAUACAAGCGCCGACGUGGAGGCGCAACUGACGAGCAUGUUCGAGAAGGCAAGCGGCGGAGGUCAAACGAAUAGUGGCUCUCAGCAGACUCAGCAGAAGCACAUCGUUGUUACGACGAAUAACGGUGGCACGGCAUCGGUUACAAUAAACGCGCAAGGCAACACAACGCCGGUAACGGCAGCACCAACGAACGCCGGGGGUGUAGUCCAGCGGAAGGCCUCCAAGCUGUACAAGUGCAUGCCAUGUGGGUUCAAGACGACCGAUCUGGCUCUGUUCCAACCACAUUAUGAAAACUGCCCGCCGCGGGCAGCCAGUACCGCUCAGACAAAUGCGACCGCCAAUGUCAGUGGCUCCACUGCGGCGGGGUCUACUACGCCCGUUACCGUCAAUAGCUCGUCGAACUUCCGGUGUAAGAUAUGCAAAAUGGUAUUCUCCUCGAUCGCCCUUCUCAAGCAGCACAAUCUGCAAGAGCACCCGUUCGGCCAAACAUCGCAGCAGCAGCAACAACAAGGGGGAUCGCCGGUGCAAAAAACGAUCGUCGUGACCACCGGCGCUGGUGGGGCACAGGAGCUGCAGGGUGUGGGCGCUACUACCCAGUUACUCAUCCAAUGCAAACAGUGUACCUUCAAGACGACCGAUAAGCAACAGUACAACGAGCAUGUACGGAAGCAUGUUGCCGGGGCAAGUGCCGCCGGCGGUACCAGCACCAAGCUGAAACCGUUCAAGUGCCGUGUGUGCUUGCAGCGCUUCGAAACCCGCGAACAGGCGUCGCUGCACGCCAAGCAACAUCAGCCCGACUACUUCAAGUGUGGCAUCUGCAAUGUGACGUUCAACAAGCGCGAGCUGUUGAUGGCCCAUCUCGAGCAGCACGAAAUGAAGAAGGAUGCGAAUGGUUCGAGCAAGCAACAACAGCACGUCAUUCAAGUGCAGACGACCACCCAGCAGCAGCAACAACAGCAGCAACAGCAACAACAGAAGCUAGAAAUGGCGGACUCCUCGACACAGAAACUGCUGCAGGAAUCGAUUAACGAGGCACUCCGGGACUCGAUGGUGGGGGGUGAUUCUAUGAACGCAAAAAUACAGUUCCACACCUGCGAGUCCUGCUCGCUCACGUUCCUGAGCGAAAAGCUGUACACGCAGCACAUUAAAACCCACGUACAGGGUGGCGCCGGUGGCGGCACUGGCGUGACUAGCGCACCAGCCAUCGUUUCCACCGGAUUGACACAACAGCAACAGCAGCAGCAACAACUCGCUGCCACCAACAACACGACCUCACCCGCCUCCAGUCGGAAGUCGAUGGCGGCAGGAAGCGGUAGUGGUGGCAACCUCACCGGGGCGACCACCGACAGUGGCAGCGGAGGUUUGAGCGGUAAGAUUCUGGUCACCUCCACCAACACUGCCACGUCGUCGACCCAGGGUCAAAACACGUCCGAUAACACCAUUUCUGACGGUGACCUGGAAAGUAUCUUUGAACGGAUGCACUCCGAUCCGAAGGUAUCGGAGCCGUCCGGGACAACCGUUACGACCACCAACGCAUCGGUGGCAGAGGGCGGCAGUAUGGUUAUCACGAGCCAGGAUGGCACGACCGGAAAUAUUACGUUCAACAUUACGCUGCCUCAGCAGGACGACGGAUCGACAACCUUUGUGCAACAGCAGGAGCAACAAUCAGUUGGCAUCGACAUGCCAACGCUCGAUCAGGGCGAUGAACAACAACAACAGCAGGAGAAAGAACAGCACCAGCAACAGCAGCACAUGCCGGUCAGCAUGCCAAGUUUAGACGACGACGGUGAACAGUCACAGAACAGCCAAAAUUCCAACACCGAGAACGUUCCGAUGGAGCUGGACGACAUGCAAGGUGGCGAAGGGCAGCAGAUCAAGUUUAUCCUCAACGAGAACGGCCAGCUGCUGCAGCUGGACAACCACAUCCUAACGACAGAUGCGGAGGGCAACCAGAUUCUGGUGCAAGGCACCGACAGCGAGCACAUCCAGCAACUGCUUCAGAGUGUCGGCGUGGUGAUGCAGGGCGGCGAGGGCUUGGGGGAGGGCGAAACGCUCCAGAUGAUCAGUGGUGACGGCCAGAAUCAGAUGAUCUUGGUGCAGGGUGCGGACGGUCAAGAGCAGUUGAUCGACGCCUCGCUGCUGAACGCGGACGGUAACAUCGUCAUCCAGCAGCCGCAGGAGGGCGAGCUGAAUGCCGAGGGCACUCAUAUCACGACCGAAGAUGGGCUGCAGAUCCCGGUGUCGGUCGCGUUCACCACGUCCGGCGAGGUCGACCAGGAGGGUCACUUGACGGUUUCGAUGGCCGAGGGUAGCGAGCAGCAAUUGCAGCUACACCUACAGCAGGCGGAAGUGGCCGGAGGAGAGUCAGUGGACGAGCACCAUCACCAUCAGCAACAUAUAGUGGAUGGGUCGGUCGAACAUCAGCAGCAACACCACAACGCCAUUCUAACUGAAGGGGGUCAGAUCAUUCUGCAGCAGAAGGAACAUGAUGAGCACACGGACAAGGACCAUCACCAGCAACACGAUGACGAAAACGGGCCAACCGGUGUGGACGAUGGCUCUGACGGUAGCGGCAGCGGUCACACGGUGGUCACGACGACCAAUGGUGCCGACGGCUCGACGGUUGUAGUGACCACGUACUCCGGCAGCCCGAACGGUACGACGAUCACCACGAGCUCAUCGACGGCAGCGGCUUCGGCAACAAACGUUACCUCGACCGAAUCGGCCGAGGAUCAGAUGUUCAACUUUGACGAACUGAUUCAACCACAAAUUGUUAUCAAGCAACAGCAGGUACGUAAUUAAACCAACUCUCAGAUGCAGAAACUCGCCCUCGAACUGCAGAUCACAUCUACCGAUAAGCGACGCACGGAGAGCAGAAAAAAUGAAGGAAAUACGCUUAACAGUUUUGCUCCCAAAAAUAUCCAUUCAUGAAAGAUUUGUCCUUUCCUUCUAUUUUCUGACUACUACCACCACCAGGCACUUCAGUAUAAAUUGAGGGGGUCUAGGUAAACGGUAAAUGUGCCGCAGUGUAUAGGAACGUUUAUGUAAGAUUUAUGUUUUUUUAAGGAGAACACAGAGAGGCAAGAGAUACACAGGAAACAAGUAAAAGGAAGCUGAAAGACGAAUAGAGAUAUAGGCAUCUGUAAAUAUGGCAUAAAUUUUUCCUACUUUUAAGAAUAACUGGUUGCAAGUAGAGCGAGAGGAGGGAGAGAGAUAACACUUAGAAAUCCUAGAGGUUAUAGAGUUACAGAAAAGAGAACGUUUGCAGACUCAAAACAUUCUUCGGGCAUGUAAAAAAUGGCAUGAAGGAGAACACACACUUGCAUACAUUUAUAUGUUUCGUUCGUUUGCCUAACUAGGAACACUAGGCUUUAUGAACGCCUAUCAAAAUUGAGGAAAGGAGAUGGUAUUCUUAUCGCACCAAGCACACGAUAUACCCGUACAUCAAACACACACACACACACACACACACACACACACACGGACAGAAGUGUUUUGAAUAAUGAUUUACUUAUGAUUUCGGGUUUCCGAAAACGGUCAACUGUUCUCAUUCGAAUUCAUGACCCCCGUAGCAAAAAACCUGUGCAUGACUGCUGUUGACACAGAAAAGUAGAUCUUUUUAGGAGGCCCCGGUAGUCCCGCAGGAUCGGUUCAGAUCGUUUUCGUAGUGAGCCAAUGAAUUGCCGGUCUAAAAAGGGAAUUAUUUAAUUUUACAACCAUUUUGUGUGCGCGUUUCGGCAGUGGCCGAUUGUGAACGUCGUGUGUGUGUUGAUGUAUUUUUAUCGUAUCGCUCCGCAGUUAAAACUCGAAACACACAAUGGGAUUAAUCGUAGAUUCAGUAACGGAGCGGAAAACGACAAAAAAAAAAGAAACAAACAUGGAAGCUAAAGAGAUUGGCGCAUAAGAUAGGUUUAUUUUAGUAUAUUCUAAUUAACUCGGGAAGGGGG